GCGCAGCCAGUCAGCUAGUGCUGCUGUAGAACUCCUAGACACAGAGACAGCUCACCCAGUAAGCAGAGGCUGCUGCUGGAGUACUUUACAGAGACAGCUCAGCCAGUCUACAGCUGGACUCCUGGACACAGCCAGCCUGGUAUCUUUUGCUGCUGUUAUUGCCUGUUGUCUAACACUUGCAGAGCUUAGGGAGGGUAUAUGAAGCAUCCUCUAAUAUUGCAAAAGAAACUGUGCACAUCAGGGCACUUAGAGGGACAGCACUAUUCACCAUGGCAUCCAACUUCAAUGAUAUUGUAAAGCAAGGUUAUGUGAAAAUCAGAAGCAAAAAGCUUGGGAUUUACAGACGCUGCUGGUUAGUUUUCAAGAAGGCUUCAAGUAAAGGUCCAAGGCGACUAGAAAAAUUUCCAGAUGAAAAAGCAGCCUACUUUAGAACAUUUCAUAAAGUAACAGAACUGCACAACAUCAAAACUAUAACACGGCUGCCUCGAGAGACCAAGAAACAUGCAGUAGCAAUUAUCUUUCAUGAUGAGACUUCAAAGACAUUUGCCUGUGAGUCAGAUCUGGAAGCAGAGGAGUGGUGCAAGUUCCUAUGUGUGGAGUGCUUAGGAACCAGACUUAAUGAUAUAAGCCUUGGUGAACCUGACCUACUAGCCGCCGGUGUACAAAGGGAACAGAAUGAGCGAUUCAAUGUGUAUCUUAUGCCAACGCCAAACUUAGAUAUCUAUGGGGAAUGCACAAUGCAGAUAACACAUGAAAACAUCUAUCUAUGGGAUAUUCUUAACGCAAAAGUGAAGUUGGUCAUGUGGCCCCUAAGCUCUUUAAGAAGAUACGGCAGGGAUUCAACGUGGUUUACUUUUGAAUCUGGAAGAAUGUGUGACACAGGCGAGGGGCUGUUUACAUUUCAGACAAGAGAAGGAGAAAUGAUUUAUCAGAAAGUCCAUUCCGCUACACUGGCAAUAGCUGAACAGCAUGAAAGGCUAAUGUUAGAACUGGAGAAGAAAGCAAGACUCCAGACUAGUUUGACUGAGCCAAUGACAUUGUCCAAGUCAAUUUCCCUUCCUCGAAGUGCAUACUGGCAUCAUAUUACCAGACAAAAUAGCGUCGGUGAAAUCUACAGUUUACAAGGAUGUCUGAUGGGAGAUUCUUCAGAUUUCUUGGUUUCUUGGUCAAGGACUGAUGACAUCAAGCCAGGGAUGCAGGUAACCGUUUCUGUACAACAAAGAUGUCUCGUGCACAGACGUUUUCCAGUUACUCCUCUGAGUCGUGCAAGAAGUACCAGCAGCCCCUGUCGGUGUUUAGUGGGUAUGAAUCCAUCUACUGCUCAUGCAUCCUCUAGUGACAUUCAGAAGGCUGUUGACUACAGAGACAAUAUGAACUGGAACUUGAAAGUUGGGUCAACAAGUCAUCUGCACCCUCCGCAUUCAAGGAAGUUGAAUUACAAUGAAAGCAGAGAUCAAGGUUUUCAAUUAGACAAUUAAGAAAUCUCGGGGCAAAGAUGCGUGUUCUGACUUUUUUUUUACUUUAUUUUUCGGUCUUCAGGAUACCCUGUCAAAUUUAUAAUUGCUGUCAUUACCAUUGCCAGCUUUAAAGAGAUACUUUGGGCUAAAUUCAUUAACACGUGAUCUAUCGAUGAUCCAUUACGUCUUGGGUAGUAAAUUAAUCUAUUUUCACCUUUUUUCCACACUGUGCAGAGAUUUGUAGACAUGCAGUGUGAUUUCGGUGUACUUGUGAUUGGUGAAAGAGUGGUCUCAGAAAACGUUUCAACACAUUUGGACCCAGAUAAGACCAAUUUGCAUGUUGGUGAAUUUAGCAGUCUAAAUAUUUGUCUCAUUGGUGGCUUUGCUGGGUAGAAGUGCUUUUUUCUGGCUGUAUACAUUUAUGCUCAAACUCUUAGACCCACGGUACUAAGGAUGAUAAAAUCCUACUCCUAAAUCACAUUGGAUAUAAUCUACAGACCUGACACUAAUGGCUGUACAACAUUAUAUGUAUUUUAGGGUAUGCCUUCCAAAUUGAGGUAAUCAAUGUGAAAAGAUUAUUAUCAUCACCAUCAUCAUCAUUAUCACUACUACAAAAAUAUCUACUACAUGCAGAUAGAUAAGAAUAUGUAAGUCUGACAUUGCUAAAAGUUUAGGCAGACCACUUCUAAGCUACCAUUCUGGCAGAAAAAAAUGCUUUCCUCAAGCCUCCUAUUAAAUCUACUCUAUUUAGAUUUAUAUGAAAAAUAUUUUUAUAAUUAAAAAAAAUCAAAAGGAUAGCUGAUAUAGUGGAACUAAGAAGUGUACAAAGUAAGCACAUAGGCACAAAGUAGCUGUUUCAUCUCAUCUACCAUUUAAACACAUUGGAUGGGGACAGGUUAUUGCACCAUUAUGAAACACAUCCAUAGUACAGUAUUUUGGGUGUUGCUGGAAAAAAUCCUGGUUAUUUAUGAACAGUAAAAGGCGCUAUGUGGAUGCACAUUCAACUUUAUAAAAAUGUGUCUUUUGCAUAUACAUUGGUGUGCAGCCAUCUAACCUUUUAGGAGGCACAUCUAUGCAGUUUUGCAAACAUAUCCAGUAAUCCACAUGGUAAAAAUCCUAAAGUCAUGCCUAAUAUAACUUUAGGCCAAACCUUUAAAGAAGUACUGUUUUUCUUCUAGAAGUCAACAAGACAACACUUUUACACAUAUCAAAGUCUUAAAUCAUGAUUUAUCAUAUUUGUAUGUUUUCUUAGGUUUUUCUAUAUUGAUAGAAUUAAAAAUAACAAAUUUGAUUUCCCAUAAACGUGCACUUGUUUCGAACAAAAAGACUCCUAUUGAAAGUAUAGGUCAAUGGUAGCAUACAAGCACCUCCAAAAAUAUGUUAAAAUUAGGUUGACAUAUGUUUACCAUAUAAAAGAAAGACGAUCUACAGGCACUGCUCAUUUACAAAUCUGGUCCUACUGUAUAACACAAAAUGUAAUUUUUGCAAAUACAGUAGGAGCAAUAUAAAUAUAUUUUGCUUAUCCAGCUGAUUACAAGGUACACCAUGAUUUGUCUAGCUCUUUACAUUACUAGGAGAAAAGGGUUUCCCUUCCAUAACCAAUUUCAUCUUGACAUGCUAACCACUAUAGAGGCCAUUACAUCAAAACAAAACUCGGUGAAAUACAUAAUAACCUGCAUUUGCAAGGUGCUUUCAAACUUCAAAAAUUACCCUUAUAUUUUUUAAUAAUUCCCUCAUAUACACUUUAAGAAAAAAUGACAGAUUAAAAUAUGAGCUAGUAAAAAUAUAAUUAAUUGUAAUAAGCUGUUAAUGUCAUGAUAAUACACAGCUGACUAGUUUCUAAAAUGAUAUCCCAUGCAUUUCUAUAUAGCUAUUGUUUGAGGAUUGUACUAAUGAAACAGACAGUGCAAUGUCUAGGAGAAGCUUGUGGUAACAACAGAUGUUUAAAUAAAAUAUUUUAUUACAUUAAAAGUUAGUUCAUUUACAAAGUCAGGUCCAAAAGUCUUACCUCCAAUUCUCAAUCUUGAACAUACAGGGAUUGAUUCUGAGUCAGACUCAAUGCGAAUGCAAUGGCGGACAGUCGUAACAGCCAGAUGUGUUCAUUUAUGCUAAUGUGAUAUCUGUACGGCUUUAUGCAUAUAUAUAGUCGCAGCGCCCACUAUUUUUGUAUAUGCAGCCAUCAUCAUUAUCAUUACUAUGGGUUCUAACAACAUACCCAUGCUUAAUGAGAAAGAUGUGUCAGAAACAGGCAUCCCUUUGUCAUAAGCAUGUAUCGGGACAGCAUGCAAGUCUGGCUACACAUCCAUAAUACUCCCAAAAAAUAGAGGUUUUGAAUUAAUUUGAAAGGAGGCUGUCUAGCUGACACCCAAUAAUACAAAUUUUACAAGGAGAAUCAGUCAUGCAUGGACCCUCCAUCAAGGUUCAUAUACUGUACAUGGGUAUGUCUGUGCAUGUAGUGCAGGCUCAAGUGCAAUUUGCUAUAAAUCACUAGAUGCACCUGCAUUUGAACUUGUGUAUGACACAGAAUCAGGCCAAUGGUAUGCUCAUUGCACAAGGAAUUCAUUCUGAUAAUAAAAGACAAACUGGUUUAUGUAUCCAUGGUGGCUUUUUUUUAUUCCUUACAAUGUCUGCUUAUGCUAUAUGUGUAUUAUGCAGAGCAAGAUAGUAUCUUUUUGCAUUUGAUUAUUAAAAUGGCAUAAGCAAACCUUUAUCAACUCCGAACAUGUAUAGUUUUAUGUAUGUUUACACAACUGACAAGAUUUAUAGGGGUAAAGGGGGGUACACAUGGCCCAAUUCAGGCUCAGCAUGAUGUGUGCUGAGCCCGAUGUGGGCUUAUAACAUAUCACAGCGGGUGUCUGUACACACGCUGCAAUGUGUGCUAGCCCGAUCCUAACUAGACCGCAAGGCUCAAUGAAAGCCUUGCGAUCUAGCCAGAUCUUGACUGCAUGCAGUCAAGAUCUGAGCCAGCGAUAGCGCUGCGUGGGACUGCACAUCGCUAUCGCUAUGGGGCAAACAGACAGAGUAAUCCAUGCUUAAUGUCUAAGCAAUCUAGUCAGAUUGCUUAGAAAUUUAGCAAAAAUCUCUCUGUGUGUACCCCCUUUAGACAGUUUCCUCAAAAACUAUUGAAUGCUCCCCAGGCUAUUACUAUGAUAUGUUAAUUUGCUGUAAACUGUAUCUACCUCAUUUACUGUCUUCCCUGAGGGUAUGCUAUUUUCUGUGACUAAAUGUGUAAUACCGGGAGGCAGGGAGCACUAAAAGCAUUUAUCUGUUUGAUCAGCAGGUUACUGUACUUCUGACUUGUACUACAUCUGACACAAUACUCCUUCUGAUACUUCUAAGCAUGCUUCUGUCCACAUCCAAGACAUGUGGAUGGGGCAAGUACUUCACAAGUUGUAAAACAGCUGUGGCAUCUGAAAACCAGUAGCUGGAAAGGGAGGCAGACUAACAAGGGUUCUCUACAACAGGGAAUGGUCAAAGUCAUCUUAAUUCGGUAUGUAGAAAAGCAAUCCAAUGCAAAAAGUUUGAGGCAGAGAUGAAGUCUAUUAUCCCUUUCACACCGCACAAAUAACCCGGUAUCGACUCGGCAUAUUGCCGGGUCGACAUAGGUCAGUGUGCGGUGUGAAAGGGGCAUAGCCAAAAUCCCAGGUCGCCUGACCCGGCAAUUCAACCUGGGAAUAAAGCAGUGUUAUACCCGGAUUGAAUACCGGGUCAAUGGCAGCGUAAAUGGGCUCCCGGGUUGAUGCGACCCGGGACCCAUUUACUACAGCAGGGAGCGGCACCGCUGCUGGCUCCGCCCCCCGCUGCUAUGGCAACCUGCCCGGCAUAUUGCCGGGUCGGGGAAGCCAGCACCAGCGGCCAAUGCCGGAUCCCACCCGGGAAGGACACGUUUCCAAUUCCCGGGUGGGAUCCAGCAUUGGCGGUGUGAAAGGGGUAUAAGAGAAGCUGUUAAUGAUACAGGUGUAGAUAAUAACAGAAUUCUGGGGGACCGCAGCAAUUAUAUUACUGGGCUGGAGCAGAAUUAUCUGGCAAGAAGGCAGUGGAGCAAGAACAUGCUAGAUCAUCAGGGAGGAAUAAGACUGAACUGGACACAAGGCAACACACUAGCUGACAGCAAGAGUAGCUCAGUGAGCAGAGCUUCUGUUUCCAGUGAUGAGAAACCUAAGGCCCACAUUUAUCAAAGCUUUGAGAGAGAUGAAGGAAAGUACCAAAUCAUCAGCUCAUUGCUAUCAUUUUUCACACACAAACUGUAAAAUGACAGGAGAAAAUUGUAUAGUACUUUAUCUUUCUCCACUUUAUCUCUCUCCAAGCCUUGAUCAAGCUUGGCCUACAGUAAGUAUGAGUUGUCAUUUUUCACAGAAUAUAGGGGGUCAUUCCGAGUUGAUCGCUCGCUAGCAGUUUUUAGCAGCCGUGCAAACGCAUUGUUGCCACCCACUGGGGAGUGUAUUUUAGCUUUGCAGAAGUGCGAACACUUGUGCAGCAGAGUGCCUACAAAAUGGUUUUGUGCAAAACAAGAGUAGCCCUGUAGUUACUCUUCGUGUGCGUUGAUUCUAACGAUGGAGGGAUGGCUUUUUACGUCACACACCCACCCAGCGAACACCCAGCCACGCCUGCGUUUUUUCUGCUACACCUGUGUUUUUCUAAGCACUCCCUGAAAAUGGUCAGUUGACACCCAGAAAUGCCCACUUCAUGUCAAUCUCCUUGCGGCCGGCUGUGCGAAUGGAAUCGUCACUAGAACCAGUGCAUAACCACAAUGGACUUUGUACCUGUACGACAAGCGUGCACACUGCGGAGCAUACGCAUGCGCAGAUUAGCCUUGUUUUCACUGAUCACUAUGCAGCGAACAACGGCAGCUAGCGAUCAACUCAGAAUGACCCCUAAACUCUGGAAGAUUCAGGAGCUGACUAUAUAUAAUACAUGAGUUAAAACUUUUCUUUAAAAGAAUUUUUGUCUACACCAUUUACUUUCCAUUUAUUCAUACAGUAUACUGUAGUCUAUUUCUGUGGAAUCUAGUGUGCAGGAUCUUCUCUUUGAUAAAUUAUUUUUCCCCUUAACAAUUACUUGUGGUGGCAAAACUAAGGGGGUCAUUCCGAGUUAAUCGCACGCUGCAACUUUUUGUAACCCGUGUGAUCAACUAGACGCCACCUAUGGGGGAGUGUAUUUUUGCAAAGCAAGGCUGCGAUCACUUGUGCAGACCUGCUAUGCAAAAACAUUUUUGUGUAGAACCAGACCAGGGUAAGAGUUACUUAUCCUGUGCGAUCAAUCCAGCGUUGCAGGUCCCGGAAUUGAUGUCAGACAUCCGCCCUCCAAACGCCUCGACAUGCCUGCAUUUGGAUCUCCACGCCCAGAAAAUGGUGAGUUGAUGCCCGGUUCCGCCUUCCUCCUGUCAAUCUUCUUGCGGUCGCCACUGCGACCGCUUUAAUCGUUAGCGGCGUCGCUGCCUGGCGACAGCCGCCGCCGGGCAAUGACUCGCCUGAGCAGUUCCAACCUGAUCGCACGGCUGCAAAGAAGCACACAGGGGAGAGGGGAAUCGCUGUGCAGGGCUGCACUCGCUUGUGCAGGGAGCUGCACAAACAAAAGUUUGUGCAGUUUCUGCACAGAUCAGGACUAAGGGGCUAUUUACUAAACCUUGGCUGGAGAUAAAGUCACUGGAGAUAAAGUACCAGCCAAUCGGCUCCUGUCAUUUUUCAAAUACAGCCUGUGACAUGGCAGUUAGGAGCUGAUUGGCUUGUACUUCAUCUCCAGCGACUUUAUCUCCAGCCCAGGCUUAGUAAAUAGACCCCUUACUCACCCGCUGCGAUCAUCCAGUACGGAGCUGAUGUCAGGAUCCCUCCCUUGAAAUGGCUGGGCACGCCUGUGUUCGGACAGACACUCCCUGAAAACGGUCAGUUGAUGCCUCCGUCCUCUUCCUGUAAGUCUUCUUGCUGUCGCGGGUGUGAUCGCUUUCUUUGUUAGUUCUGUCACUGCCUGGCGACAGCUGUCGCCAGGAAGCAACGUGUCUGCGCAUUGCGGUCACGGCGCAUGUGCAGUUCAGACCCGAUCUCACUACUGAGAAAAACUGCAGUGUGCGAUCGGUCAGAAUGACCCCCAUUAUCUGAGCUUGCUGAGAGUGUAUAAGGGUUCAGAGUUCCUUUGGUCUAACUUUGAAAAGUUCAACAAUCUCUUACAAAAAAAAAUUUUAUGUUUCAAUGCACCUAGGGAACACCCUCUUGUGUCCUCUUGAGGACUCCAUAUAGAGACCAGAUUAUUCUGUAGAGGGCGUGAGUCAAAAUCAGAGACAAACAACUGUAAAUAAAGAUAGAACAGGAUGAGUUUAUUAGGACAAGGAAUGUUCAGGUAUCCAGAAAGGUGGAGUUGAAGAGCAGUUAGUAACUGUACACAUGUAGAGAAUGACAGAAUGCAUCAGUCAUAUCAUCAACUAUAUAUUAAUGGCCACAUUCAAUAAUCUGGCAAGGCGGAAGUGACAGUGCCUGGGUUAAUUUAGAUGUCAGUGGGUGCAGCAAGAACAUGCUAGGGCAUCAAGAUAACAGUUACACUGAGUUCAGCAAAAAGCAAGACAACAAGAUGACCUACAGCUAGUGUAAAUGAUUUAAAAAAAAUGCAUAGCAAUGCUGAGUGGGGAUGUCAGGACUCCAUGGACAGGGUGGGGCAGACAUGAAUAUUACCAUGGCAAACAUAUUUUUGUCAAAAGUUAGGGGUCUAUUUACUAAGCCUUUGAUGGAGAUAAAGUGGACGGAGAUAGAGUCCCAGCCAAUCGGCUCCUAACUGUCAUGUCACAGGCUGGGUUUGAAAAAUUACAGUUAUAAGCUGAUUGGCUGGUACGUUAUCUCCAUCCACUUUAUCUCUGUCCAAGGCUUAAUAAAUAGACCCCUCAGUCACUGGAUAUAACCGUUCCAAAAGUGGCUGACAGAAUCCACUCUGUCAGAAGUACACUGGUAAUGUACAGAAAUUUACAGCUACUUUUAGAGAAGAUGAAGAACUUGGACAAUCUUUUAUAGUUGGUGUUUUUAAGGGAUGGAAUCAGAAUCCCAGUGGUUGGUAUCCAGACAGUCAGAAUGCAGACAACAGCAUCCCAACAUUUAGAAUCCCGAUGGAUCGUGGUAAGCAUUUUAACUAACCAUAACCCACGCCUCCUGAAGCCUAACCCUAACCAUCCUCUCCUGCACCCUAACCAUAACCAUCCACCCCACAUCCUAACCCCAACCCCAGUACUUACCAUCAGGAUCCCUUGUGAUUCAUACUACUGGGAUGUUGCGGUUGGCAUUCUGACUGUAUGGGUCCAGUUUUAAAGACUAUGUACAAUAUUACUUAAUAGAAGUGUUCUAUUUCAACUGUGCUAGAUGAAUAUAGCCAGUGUAUUAUUCCAUCUAAAAAGUAAUAUAUGUAUGGACAGAUGUAGAUGGUUUUCUAUCUCUCCUUGUCCAUGCCUGUGUGGUUAAAAAUAAAACUGAUCUAUUUACUUCUCAAAAUGCAGACUAGGACCCCAUUUACCAAUGAUCAAAUAUUCUGGUAGACCACUGUCAUUAACUAACCAGCUCAAAAUUUGAUUAGUCAUGAUACAUAUUUUUGUACUUUUUAAGGCUGCAAACAUGGUUAGUUUAUUAUACACACACCCAUACUGUACAUAUGUAUAACCCCAAAACUGCCAGCACUCAUCUUUACAAACACCUGCCCGAAUAGAAAUUAAAUCAAAAGCUCCAAUGUAAGAAACGGCACUCAAAACGCACAAUUUCAGUUGCAAACAAAAUAUACUGUGUUUGUUUGCAUCUGAAAUUGUGCCUCUCGAGCGCCAUUUUUCACAUUGGAGCUUUUAUAUAGAAAUUGCCAAAAUGUCCAUUCAUAUGAAAUCAUUUGUGAGCAACUUCAUUUCUGAAAUGAAGCAAUUUAUCUGCUGCUCUUGAAGUUAAGAUGUGAAGGGAACUAAAUGUUUUAGCCUUUGAACUAUAGUCAUUUGCACAAUUCAGAAAGAAUAGCUACUGUCUUAAAAAUAAUUAAAUUGGUAAUAUAUUUAAAGGUCAGUAAGUUGAAUGAUUGCAAAUUAAAAUGACCUCUUACAGGAAUCUGCUCAUAUUUAACGUAAGUUAAU